CUCUGCUUCCUAAGUUUUAUCGUGCAGCUGCAUUGCAAAGCAGGACCCGAGCUUCACGUGGAAGCAGCGGCGCCGUCUCGCUUCCUCGCACUCUGAUUGGACCUCGGCGUUAUCAAUCCGCGCGCCGCUCGCUCGCGAGCUCCGCAAACACCGCCUAGCUACGGAGAGAGAGAAAGAGAGAAAGAGAGAGAAAGAGAGAGAGAGGAAGGGGCCGGACAGAAGUGAGAGACAGUUUAUAUGCCGAGCGGCUGUCAAGGUAAGGCUUGGGGACACAUUGUAUUACGUUUUUAUUUUUCUUUCAACACUAGCGAACACGGAAGACGGAUUUAGGUGUAAGUAAGCAGCCCCCUUUCUCCCCUCACGCAAAGGGCGCCAUCACAGACUCCUAAACAUGCCUUUCCCCUUCGGAAAAUCACAGAAAAAUCCUGCUGAAAUCGUCAAGAGUUUAAAAGAGAACGUGGCUGUAUUGGAAAAACUCGAGCCAACGGAAACCAAGAAAUGUGAAAAGGUGACUGAAGAGAUGUCAAAGAGCCUGGCCUCCCUGAAGGAGGUCCUGUACGGCACCAGUGACAAGGAGCCGCAGACGGAGGCCGUGGCACAGCUGGCCCAGGAGCUGUACAACACCAACCUGCUGAUCGCACUGAUAGCUAACCUGCAGAGGAUAGACUUCGAGGGCAAGAAGGACGUGGUCCAGAUUUUCAGUAACAUCCUGCGCAGACAGAUUGGCACCCGGACCCCGACUGUGGAGUACAUCUCCUCUCACACACAGAUACUCUUCAUGCUGCUGAAGGGGUACGAGAGUCCGGAGGUGGCUCUGAACUGCGGGAUGAUGCUGCGGGAGUGUCUUCGUCACGAGCCGCUGGCCCGCACCAUCCUCUUCUCAGAGCAGCUGUACAACUUCUUCAGAUACGUGGAGCUGUCCACCUUCGACAUCGCCUCGGACGCCUUCGCCUCCUUCAAGGACCUGCUGACCAGGCACAAGAUCAUGUGUGCGGACUUCUUGGAGACAAAUUAUGAUCGAGUGUUUACAGAGUAUGAGAAGCUGCUGCAUUCAGAAAAUUACGUGACCAAACGACAGUCUUUGAAGUUGCUGGGAGAGCUGCUGCUGGACCGACACAACUUCACAGUCAUGACCAAGUACAUCAGCCGGCCCGAGAACCUCAAGCUGAUGAUGAACAUGCUGAGAGACAACAGCCGCAACAUCCAGUUCGAGGCUUUCCAUGUCUUCAAGGUGUUUGUUGCGAACCCCAACAAGACGCAGCCGGUGAUGGACAUCCUCCUGAAGAACCAGACCAAGCUGAUGGAGUUCCUCAGCAAGUUCCAGUCGGACCGUUCGGACGACGAGCAGUUCUGUGACGAGAAGAACUACCUGAUCAAACAGAUCCGGGACCUGAAGAGACCCCCCGCGCCACAGGAGGGCUAGCCCUGAUCAUCCCCGCCCCCUCCUCAACCUGCCCCUGCCCCCGAGGAAACAACCUGCUCAAGCACAUCCGGGCUCCGGAGAGAUCCCCAGCACUGCAGGGGACCUGGCUCUGCUCAACCUGCCCCUGCCCUCUUAGCUGCUGCAAAAAUCCAAGAACCCCUGGACCUGAGGAGACCACCAGGGCCACAGGAGGCCCCACUAACCCAGCCCCUGCACCCGCUGCCAAGAGAAAAUCCUUCAAUUCACCGUAACCAGGAGCAUAACCAAUAACUACAAAAUAUACCUCCUUCUUAGGGUGCCUGGGCUUUAAAAAAAAAAUAAUAAUAAUAAUAAUAAUGAAACACAGCAACAUGGGAGGUGUGUGCAUGCUUUAUGUGCAGCAGGUUAUUUGAAUUGUAGUAUUGUAUAUUUUUUUAGGAAGCUUAUCUCUAUCUGUCAAAUGCAGUGCUGUCUGCUGGGCUUUAGUCUCAAUAAGGGAUUGUAAUUUAUGUAACAGAGAUGGGCAACUGUGGUCCCCAAGGGUUAUUCCAGUCCAGGUUAUAGAGGUGUCAUUAUUUACUGAAAUUAGGCACUUGAUCCUGAUACACAUGUUGGUAUUUCUGUCCUUCGGUGCACACAAUUGAGUGAUUACCAAAGACUCUUGGAUACUGUUGAGGCUGUUUAAUGAUUUUGCAUGCACUAGAAAGCAGUGGACCUUGUUGGAACAGCAACCUGGACUGGAAUAGCCCCUCUUUGCCCACCCUGGGAGGAAGGGAGAUGGUCAGAGGGAGAGUAGGUGGGUUCCUGCUAAGAAGAAGUUAAUUUAAGUUCCUGUUUUAACAAGUUAUAAAUAUUAUUUACAUUGCUGGCCUGCACACUGUCUUGCACACUUUAGUAAUAUGCCUUAUAGCCUCCUAUCACAGUCCUGUGUGCGGCUGCAGUACCCCCCCCCCCCCCAUUCAAAACAAAGGGGUCCCAACACUGAAGAGUGUCCACGAGCUGAACUGUGAUUAGAUACUUCAUGAGCUGUGCUGGUACUGACAGGAAGAAGCACAGGUACUGGGAAGCUGUCAAUUGCUUCCCCCCUGCAGCACUAAACAGUGCCGCUUGGUUCCUGCUUGCAAGCAGGGAUUUGUAGAACUGUAGAAAAAGGGGCCGUGUAUGAAUGUCAAAUACAAUAACAACUUAACCUUACCAACCCUACAAAAACGAAUCCGGAACUAGAAUCCAUUAGUAGUGUAGGGCAUGAUGAUAAAUACAAAGAACUACUGUGUAGAAAAAGCAUUUUAAAGCAGCACACGAAAUGUAAGGAAUGUGCCCAAAAAAUGCACUUUGUCAGGAUGCUAUAAAAUAUAAAUGUGUGCAUGCUUAUAAAAAAAACAAGAAGGGUAAGAACCAACCCAAUUGACCGUGCUAGCAGACACACAAUGCAUUACUACUAGGCAGGGUGUGAUCUAGGCUGGGAUUCAGCAGCCCUGCGUUUGAAAAGGACUUUGUGUGGUGGGGUGACUGCGAUGUACGACACUUCCGCCUCGUUUAAGCUGCUCCCAGUGUGAUUUAAUGAAUUGAGCAUGAAUACACAUGGGGGCUAGGGGAGUGGAAUUAAACUCGAAAUGACCUGAACUGCUUCACUUAGCUGCUGCUGCUGCUGCAUGCUGCUGAACCAGGACAAAACUUUGCCAUGGUGUGGGAGAGGCUGCAAUUACAAACCUGCAGCAUGAUGUUGCUGCUCUUUGUUACGCCUGAGUGUAAAUCUGCGCUUUUCAUUUUGGGCAUUAGAAGACUGGCAAUGUAAUCACAGCAAGAGGAAUGCUGUCCACCAGUGAUUUGAAAUUGCUGUUAAUUAACCAUUCCUUUCAUGAUUGUUAAUAGAAAUCUAGUAUUGCAUGCACAAGUGUGCAAACCCAGAUUGUAUUUGUUUUUUGGGCAAGGUCUUUUCUAACAUUUCAAAAUGUUCCUGGUUUAAAAAAAAACAAAACAAAGUGGUUUGAAGUAAUGCUGCCUGGACAGAGUGAAGUGGAACAGUUGUGUGAGAGUGACCUGUGUGAUGGCUGUAACCACACUCACACUGAUGCACAAACACUUUCAAUAUUGAAUAUAGGAGCAUUUUAUGCACCAAAAAAAGCACCCCAAAUGAAACAAUGAUUUGUUAAUGUUUCCAGAUUUUAGAAACACCACCACCUCCAGCCCCUGGUGCCACAGCCUCCUGGUGAGCACUGCCCUUGGCCAGCCUGCAGUUCCUGUAGGAACACUCGAGAUAUUCAUUCAAAAGGCUGCUAACGGAAACAACGUGUGUUUCUUUUAAGUGCUGACAACUGAGCGCAAGCAAAACGACAAAACCCUCCAAAAUAAAGACAAACAUCUAAAUAUGCUCCGAUAUUAAAAUGUAACGUGGUCAGAUCUGGACAGUAGCUGUGUUACAUUGCAAUGGUGUUGCUGUCCAGGCAGCGUCUUGAGCAGUUAGCUAGUAGAGCAGAGCGUGGAGAAUGCGGGACUGAUCGGGACUGCAUUUCUGUUAUGGUUGGCACGUGAUGUUUGUGCUUUACAAAGGACACCUUGUUCCCUGGCAUAUCCAUGACCAUGCCCAGUACAGUGUAUGGUGUAUCUGUGGUUCACAACUGUAGAAGUCCAGCUUUUAAACCAGUCCCAUCAGAGCCAAAUGUAAACAGGCUGACAACUGAGCCGGUCCGUGUUUUACUGAGAGUUUACUUAGUAAUUUUUUUUUUUUUUUUAAAGAAUUAGAUUAUUAUUAUUAUUUAAACAAUUUGAUUAUUAAUAUUUAGAAAAAGUCAUGGGGCAUCUUAUGUCGACGAGAUGUAUAACUCAGUAGUAAAUGCUGCUGUAACACAGAUUUAUAUCAACCAAGAUGGACACACUGAUGUAUGUAUGUAUGUGUGGGUGGGUGGUUUAGUGUGGAAGUAAACCCAAUUCAAAUAUAUAGGGCUCGUUUCACAGACCCUGAUUGGCACUAAUCUCGGAUUACCUUGCCUAACAUUAGGAAGUUUAAGAUUGGUGUGAAACUAGCCAUGUAUGUAUAAAUGGGGGGGUGUUUGUAGUACUAAUUCUCUUGCUUUUUACCUUUUUAACAUAAUAAUAAUAAGCAACUACAGUUCUGCAAACUGCUACCUUUGUUUCUGCCAUUGUUGAUGGCUUUCCUGUCUCCAAACAUUGCCUGUUGGGGAGCUAAUGACUUGUACAUAAUGUUUAUUUUAUGUGGUGAUACGAUGGUGUUGGAAGUAUAUUUAAGAAAAUAAAAUUCCUUUCAUACCUGUU